AUGGGUGACGUCACAUCAUCAGUGGAUGAACGGAAUAGCCACAUUUUAGCUGGAUCAGUUAUAUCAACAUAUGCCCUACUUGGGAGUACUAUGAAUAUCUUCAUCAUCAUUAAAAUCGUGACGAAAUCGUGGUUUCAUAAACCGUUUGGUUACAUUCUUGUCUUUCUUCUUACACUUAACCUGGGGAAUCUACUGAUUACUGCUAUUUGUUCAGGACUGCUAACAUUACUAUGGGGACUUGGCACAUCUGCAACGCCACCUUUUAUUGAACGAAUGAUGGGUCACCUUGCAACCUUCUUUUGGUAUUCUAAGUUAUAUGGACAUUUGGAGAUCGCCAUAAACCGUCUGGUAGCUAUUCAAUGGCCUGUAAAAUAUCAGAGAAUGUUACUUUUCGUCAUAUGCUGUACAUUUCUUUGCAGCGUUCCAGUACUGUCUGAAUCAGAGAAUCCGGUUGAUGCUACACCUCAAGCAAAUACGGUUGAUGAACAAAUAAAUGAUUUUGUUAUGGCUGUACUACUUCUCAGAGAUCUUACGCAUCUUCAUAAACAUAUGACAAAUGAAUCAGAAAAACUUCCGGAGGAGGUAAUGACACCGAUGCAACAACUGUUAGACUACGCAAAUGAGCAAAUCGGUAGUGCAGGUCCUAAGGUAAAAGAAUUUUUCCGAAGAAUUUACGAUCUCAAAACAGAUGAUGCAUUACGUGAAAAGGAAAGGGAAGACGAAAUUUCCGAGAUCGAGAAGGCAUUCAAAGAUCUUGGAACGACCGAUAAGGAGGAGCUGAAAAGUAUGUAUGGAAAAUAUCAGGAAAAGUCAACAUCACUUGAUCUUGAGGAGCUUCCGCUAACAACGAAGGAUUAG